CCGCCCGCCAAAAGGACCAAUUACGUUAAACAUGGAUGUCUGGCUCCGUUCCGUUGCCCAUGGCAACAGCUGGCAGAGGAGUGGGAGCUUAUCACAAGGGAGGGAAGAGUGGAGGAGAAAAGAGACGACCAGACCCAAACCACAACACCGGCUUACACAGUUAUGGAGGAAGAGAUGACAUCACAUCCAGAUCUUACUGUAACAAAGCCCCAGAGCUGCGUCACUGUACUGAGGAACAGAAAGUCUUUGAAGCUGCUCUCUGGCUGGUGCAAGCCCACAACAUCCAAAGGUCAGAGGUCGUGCCGCGUCGGUCAGGUGCCGCCUCUCUGCUCCUCAGCUGUGAGGUCGUUUCUCACAGAGCAUGGAAUGAGUCUGGUGUGGGUGCGUCUGUCUUUACUGUCGAAGGGCAAACCAGAGCUCCAUGGUAUGGUGUGUGUGCCAGUCGCAGAGGACCUGAGGCUGCUGAGCAAGAAGUCCGACAGCAGCUGCCCCCAGGAGCCACUGCACAGAAACCACUUCAAAAGCAGAAUCAAACGCAGAAACAAGGGCUCCAAGAAAGCUGCUACAUCCUCUUUGUCCACUGAUAAAACUGAGGGUAACCUCCCCCCCGCCUCAGGAUUGAUGUCAUGGGCUUCAUAG